UCUUUCUCGCCGGGUUCGCGGGGAGCCGGCGGGGAGGCAGCCAGCCUGCGCCGCCAUGGCGGCCCGCGGCCCGCGCUCCCGCCGAUCGCCGGGAGGUGGCGCGCUCUGCUCAGAGGCCGCCGCCAACCCUCUCCCUGCGUCUCCCCCUUCCUCCUUGUUUCCCCCUCUCUCGGAGGCUCGCAUUGAAUCGGCCCUAACGAUUCUCGGAUCGUCAUUAUUUGUAACCAUAGAGCAUGAAUUACCUCUUGAGGUCAUCAGUGAGAAUUUACGACUGGUCAACAAAAGCACGUGAUUCCCUAACGCCCCCCCAUCCCCCCUUCCAACAUCCCCCCCCCCAUAUUUGGCCGCAUACAUAGCAAAACGAAGUACAGUGCAUCGCUAUAAUUCAUUAAUACAUCAUAAAUCGUGAAGCACGGGGUUAUAACGACCACGAUCCACAAAUCAAGCCCUCCAAAAUCACCCAAAUGAGCUCGUACUUUGUAAACUCCUUCUCGGGGCGUUAUCCAAAUGGCCCGGACUAUCAGUUGCUAAAUUAUGGCAGUGGCAGCUCUCUGAGCGGCUCUUACAGGGAUCCCGCUGCCAUGCACACCGGCUCUUACGGCUACAAUUACAAUGGGAUGGACCUCAGCGUCAACCGCUCCUCCUCGGCCUCCUCCAGCCACUUUGGGGCGGUGGGCGAGGGCUCGCGCGCCUUCCCGGCGCCCGCCCCGGAGCCCCGCUUCAGGCCGGCGGCCGCGGCGUCCAGCUGCUCCCUGUCCUCGCCCGAGCCCCUGCCCUGCACCAACGGCGACAGCCACGGCGCCAAGCCCUCUGCCUCGUCCCCCGCCGACCAGGCGACCCCGGCCAGCUCCGGCGCCAAUUUCACCGAAAUAGACGAGGCCAGCGCGUCCUCGGAGCCGGAGGAAGCGGCGAGCCAGCUCAGCAGCCCCAGCCUGGCGCGGGCGCAGCCGGAGCCCAUGGCCACCUCCGCGGCCGCGCCCGAGGGGCAGACUCCGCAGAUAUUCCCCUGGAUGAGGAAGCUGCACAUCAGCCACGAUAUGACCGGGCCUGACGGCAAGCGGGCCCGCACCGCCUACACCCGCUACCAGACGCUGGAGCUGGAGAAGGAGUUCCACUUCAACCGCUACCUGACCCGGCGGCGGCGCAUCGAGAUCGCCCACGCGCUCUGCCUGUCCGAGCGCCAGAUCAAGAUCUGGUUCCAGAACCGCCGCAUGAAGUGGAAGAAAGAUAACAAACUGAAAAGUAUGAGCCUGGCCACGGCCGGCAGCGCCUUCCAGCCCUGAGUCCUCUGGGAGGAGCCCCGGGGCGGCCCCCUCCGAGCCGUCCCCAGCCCUGGCCCCGGCCCCUCCGGGCCUCCCCGCGCAGCCGCCGCUGCCCGCUGGGGACUGGAUCCCAUGCGCCGGCCUCGCCCCAGCCUCGUGUUACCAUGUUCCGUUUGGUCUUAGAUCUUCCUGUGGCUCCCCCUCUCUCCUGGACUGAUCGAUCUUGUUAUUAUUGUUCAUAAUAAGGAUAAUUAUUAUUUCCCCUCCAUGCUCCCCGCUCCCCUCCGCGCCCCCCCUCCGCCAGAUCCACCAGUGUUUCUGAAUGUUCGUGUCUGUGGUUGCACUCCUUCCCCCAGGAAGAAAAAGAAAAAAAACUCGCAUGUGUAACUGUGAACUCUCCCCUCCCUCCCCACCUUGUCCGUCUAACUUAUUUAUAAAAGGAUGAUGGCUGUAUGUUGAGUUUUCAGCUGGAAACUUCUCUAAGGGGCAGCAGGGGUGGAAGUGGGGUGGUGCCGCAGCGCCGGGCCCAGCUGAGCUGGCCUCGGAAGGACGUGGAGUCCAUAACUGUGUGUUUCUUUCCGCCCUCCUCUUCCUCCUCCCUCUCCGCUCCCUGGGCCCAAGUCCCUCCUUGGUGGCUUGGUCCCCGGGGCAGGGAAGGGGCCAGGGAGGACCAAAGCGGUGGUGAUGUUGAGAAGAGGGAAGGUAUAGAGUGAGAUUUGAGUUCCUGCUGCCUGGGUAGGCCCCACAGGCCUGGGAGUGUACGGAGACAAAAAGAAUCCUCAGUGUAAAAUGUCUUGUGUAUUCCUCCGUGAAUCCAUGGGCCUGGUGUAGAGAGGCCUAAAGCUUGUAAAUAUGGGGAUACUCUGGGUAGACCCAUCGCCUCCCCCCCCCCAAUCCAUUUUGCUUCUAAGAUUAUCUGUAGUGAGCGAGUGGGUGCUGUGCUACGCGUGAAAUCUGUCUUUGCCGGCCUGUCUCAGUGAUUCUCGCUUUUGGUAUUUGUUUGUAGCUUCCCUUAAAGUCAAAUAAAUGUUUCCCCUACUCC